AUGGCGAAAACGAUGCGAUACUGGUUGCUGAAAACAGAACCAAGUGAGUGGUCAUGGUCAGACCAGGAAGCAAACGGUGGCAUCAGCAAAUGGGACGGGGUCAAGAACAAACAAGCGCAGAAACAUCUAAAGUCUAUGACUCUAAACGAUCUCUGCUUCUUCUACCAUUCCGGCACAAAAGCGAGAUGCGUUGUGGGGGUAGUGGAGGUGUCUCGUGAAUGGUACUCCGAUGAUGAUAACGGAGAAGGAGCGGUCGAUGUUAGAGCUGUUGGAGAGAUGAGAAAAUGUGUGGAUUUGAAGGAGAUGAAAGGAGAUAAAGGGAUUAAGGAUUUUGUUUUGUUCCGACAGCCGAGGUUGUCGGUUGUUCCAGUGGAGGAGAAUGUCUGGGAGAGGAUUUGUGAGUUGGGAGGUGGGUUUUGUGGUGAUGGCAAGGAAGAUCGUGAAAGCGGCGACGAGUCUUGA